CAUGAAUUUCUCAUCCUUUAAGAUUAACCUGGCUCGAUUUGUUAAGAGUGAAUGUCGUUCCAGUGAAUUUUUGCCCCUGUUUCCCUGGAUUUUCGGUAUUUGUGAUGCUUUAAACUGCUGCUCGUGCCUGUUUGUAGCGUGCAAGUGCAAUUAGCGAAGCAAGAGUUGAGCGAGAGCCUUACGGAAAGUACUGGGUGCUGUUAAGGCCUGCGGCCGCGGCCCAUCCAAUCUCCGUCGGCUCCAAGUUCAAGCAGUCGGCCUCGCCGCUUCGGACCUCCGGGCUGGAGACACUGGAUUUCUGUGUCUUUGGACAAGAAAAACCUUGAAAGAGAACUUCAGUGCUGACCGACAGUUCAAAAUGUCCUUUGACAUUUGCCUGGUUGCCAGAUAAUACCGUUUCCGCAACCGAGGGAAGUGAAGGGUAUUGGCUGUUGGUGCGGUCGUCACGGAACUAACAAGUUAUGUUGAAGUUGGCUGAGUCUCUGAGGCGAAAUGGCAGCAAAUCUAUCGUCUGCCAUGGAUAUUGAUCCACCGGCCAGUCUUAAGCGCUCGAACAGUGCCCCAAUGAUAAAUGAACUGAAUUCCAACAUGGCAGCAGCUACUGGAACGUCCUCCACAUCUGCGGCAGCAGUCAGGGAGGUUCCGACAUCAAAUUUGAUGCAACCAAGGACCCGGCGGUUUAGUGGCAGCAGUUUCACUUCACACAGCGCUGGUAGCUCUCCAAGGCCGUCUCCUCGUGUCAGUCAGCUUCGGCAAGAGGAAUGCCUUGAUGUGGCAAGAAGUGAAGCUGCACAUGAAAAAGAAAUUCAUUCGGCUAUACAAAUGUCACAAUCAUGCGAAGAUUUGACCCUUGUGGCUGGUAACCUUAGUUGCAGUGAUAACGAGUCAGAACGUAGGGUGCUUGGGCCCCAGAUGAAUCCACUGCAUCUUAAUAUGCCUCCAAACUCUCCCGUCUGUUCUUCCCCCUCCCCAACGAGAUGUGGACUCAGUCGCCAACUCAUCACACCAACUGGAAGCUUGUUUGGUACAAGCCCUACCAGGAAAUCUUAUACCACUAAACGCAGUCAGAGUCCCAUAGCAAUGCGACCCAGCACAUUAGGCCCUGCUGUGAAGCGGAAGUUUGAACUUGAUGAUGCUGAACAGUAUCGGUCUCCACCCACUAAACGAUUGAGCACCGGUAAUGGUGGCGGAGGUCUCCUUAUGCCGCAACAUAGGCUAGAACAAGGAUCUAGCCCACUUCCAGGGUCUGUUAGUUCAGUUGGCACCCCUGAAUCAAUGUCAAGUGCAGACUCUCCAAAUUUUACUUUCCGACCUCUUGACAGCCCCUCCCCAGGCAGAGCUCACACUGGGCCAUCGGAUCAUAGCCCUAGCUAGUGAACAAAAUGUGUUAGAUUUACUCUAGUCGUAAAAUCAUAGCUUUCAUUUAAAUUCGAAACCUAAAGCCUUCUGGAUUUUGUGUCUCAGAUCUAGAAAAGGGCUGUUAUGAAACCUUUCACCCCAUCCUGUAAAUUGGAUCGGGCUUUGACCGAUUCUUACCCGAGCACGGGGGUUGGUGUAUGGCUCUCAUGAAGACUGAUUUGGGAGGGUUGAAAGAUGCUUGUAAGACUGAAGGUUUGUUGUCCUCUAUCAGAUGCAAGUCAUCUCUAGUCAGGCUUUGGCAAGCUUUGAAGCAGUUUAGACAGUAUCACUGUUUAUUGACUCUUUUCUGAUGCUUCAUCACCAUUGCUAGUUAUUAGUGAUGAAAUAACAUUAAGUUCAAUAUUUUAUUUGUGAAUUUUGAAUUGCGGUUUUGAAACAUCUCUUGUUUCAUUUGGAAUUAAUUGUAUUCUCCUUCAUAUAUGCUCUAACUGUUAGGGUAAUGCUAUAAUUUAGGUUGUUAAAGGUGGACAUUUUCAGAGUCUGAAAGCCUAGUUCUUUCUUUUUUUUUUUUUUUUUUUUUUUUUUUUUUUUUUGUAAAAUUGAGAGAGCUUCAAUAAGAUUUUGGUGUGUCAUGAAAGGUUAUUUCUGGAUGUUUUAAGAUAAUCCAUCACUUGCAUCUGAAGGAAUCUUUGUGUGUUAUUUUUAGUAAAGUUUGCCUCAGAAAUUGAUGCUUAUUUAGUGUGACAUGGAAGACCAUCUGCCGCCACAAUCAUGUGUUGCGUAGUCUUGAUUCUUGGGUUGACGAUAUUUGUAUGAUCAUGUAUUGUUUUAUUGACAGAACUAUGAGUUACUACAAAACGAGAAGUCUGCCCAUUUUUUUUUUGUUGUUUUUUUUUUUACUCUGGAACUGUCACUUGGUAACUGGGGAACUUGAUUUUUAUUGCCUUUAUUGUCAUCUUUGAUUGUUGAAAAUCUGACUUUUCCCAAAUUCUAUGCUGUGAACAUCUUUUUUCUUUAUUUCUUUUUCUCUGUCAUAAAUGAUGAAGCAAACCAAGUGUUUUAGGUGUGCCAGAGGUUGGCAAGGUUCCAAAUGUGAGGAGUGUGUGGGCAGAGGCAAUUUAUGUUUAUUUAACUUAAAUUCUGUCUCUAUUGUGAUUUUUGUGUGAACUACACAAUUUUAUUUUAGAGCACCUUUGCCCUUUAAUGUAUUUUACCACAGGAGCCUAUCUUUUAUUGUUAUGUGCAUAACUUUUAAUGGUAAACCAAUGUUUAAUUGCCAGACUAGCUCCUAUGAAAAAAUUGUUUUGUCUGAAUGCCUGUAAACUUGAUUCUUUUAGUAAUAUCUCCUUGCAUAUAAUUAAAUAAAGUUAUUUCAUUUACUGAGGCUGUGUCUUGGCAGGACCUAAAAUUUACUGCCCUUAUACUUUUACUGUUAUAAAAAUAAUGAUAAUACUUUUUUCAUACUUUCUAAACUCAAUCAAAUUGCUUGUGUCUUCUGCAGUUUUCUUUACUGACUUUCUAGACAUGUUGAAGUGACUGGUUGCUAAUGUUCUGAAUGAAUUCUUCCAGAAAUUGUAUUCUGAGAUGUGUCAUUGAAAAAUAUUGGUACAUACCUAGCUUGUUGUAUGUUCUUGAAGAUGUACAUUUUGGAGGUGUUUUAGAUGAAUUUUUGUAUCAUAUAAAUCAUCUUUUUGAGUUUCACUCGUGAAGAUAGUUUGUAUGAUGAAAACUACAUUGUGAUGUUCUUUUGUAAAACAAAUUAAUGAUUUUAAUUUAUUCCCUGAAAUCUAUUAAAUCUUUCUCUGACUGUAUGUGAACUUUGAUACUUGAAGACCAUCAUACCCUUUUAUCCUAACAAACGCGGCGUUUGAAGGCCAACUUGUAUAUACUGAAUCUGGCUGAUGAAUGCAAUAAAAGGCCUCUUAGGGUAUUGCACUUA